UCAGAUUUGGGAAGGAGAAAGCUGACUAAUGCACAUCUCAAAAGCAAACAAGGGUAAUGCAGGUUACAGCUGACCAAGCAAGGUGCUUCGGUAUGAAAAUUCCCCUCUUAGAGGAGGGGCCCAUCAUGUCUCUAAGACAGGACCAGUUGACGUGAUGAGCUUCUCCUUACCGUGGAUAAGCAGAGAUCUCGCAGUUUCUAGGCGGCAGAGAGACGGUGAAGCUCGGUGUGGGGCGAGGAGAGCGGAUGGGGGAGCCUCGCGCGUAGCCCAGGAUGGACUGGCUGUGACGGCGUGCCUUGGCUGGAGAGGUGGUUACCAUGAAGAGUUCCUGCAGAGCUGGCCUCCACAGGGAACCACUGAAUUCCACAUCCUCCACCUUCCAUCAAGUCAAACGGGUUUCUGGUAUGCACUUAAAGCCAUAUCUCAAGUUACAGAAGAAAGAGCGAUCUCCAGAAAUAAGCCAGGACUCCCUGAGGGGGCAACCUAUGAGCCAUCAGAGAUCAGCACAAGAAGAAAAAUACACCAACUGCACCAAGCUGAGCGUUUUCCCCAAACCCUCCCUCGUGAGUCCAUCUCGAAAGCUUCUGGGGAUUAUUUAUCCGAAUACUAUGUGCAAUAUGAGCGGGAAAGGUCCAGCGGAUGGCCCGAGCGGGAGGGAGAAGAAGAACGCCCUGUCUGCAACCAUCCACCAGGGAGAAGAAGGGGAAGGACCUCUGGAUGUCUGGGCUGUGGUGAAACCUGGCAACACCAAGGAGAAGAUCGCCUUCUUCGCCGCCCAGCAGUGCGGCACCAACAACCGCCUCGGCUCCAUGAAAAUCAAAAGCACCUGGGAUAUCGACGGGAGAACGGCGAAACGCAGGAAAAAAUCAGUUGAUCUUAAAAAAGCCAAAAUCCAACUGGAAAGGAUGAGGGAGGCGAGCGCCAGGUGCUCCCAACCGGAGCCGUUCGCCUGUGGCAUCGAGCACUGCUCGGUGCAUUACGGCAACGACAACGGGGAGGGCGUCUUCCCGGGCCGGUCCCUCUCGGUGAUCGAGAUGGUGGCCUUUCUGGAGCAACGAGCCAGGGCUUUACUGGUGGACUGUGCUAAAACCUGCUCUCCUGCUUCUACCACCAGGCUGAGCGCUCAGCCUAAAGCUGGGCUUCCCACUUCAGACCCUUUCUCCUCCGCCGGGGCGUGCGAGGUGCACGGGGAGAGGGGACCUUGUGGCCAUGGUGAGCAGCAGCAGCAGAGCGAGCCGGUGCGUGUGCUGGACAUGGUGGCCAAGUUGGAAUCGGAGUGCCUGAAGCGGCAGAGCGAGCGGGAGGCCGGGAGCCUCUCUAGGAACAACAGCUUCCGUAGGAACGUCGGGAGGGUGCUCCUGGCCAACGGCACCCAGCCCGAGGGAGAGGCUGGGAAGGUCUCCUCGGGGGUCUUGGCUCCGGGGGAUGGCUUGGAGGAGACGGGGGUGGCAGAAGGUGGGUACGGAGGGCGGUGCGGCCCCCUGGGUGACACCGAGCUGUGGGAUGGCGCCGCCUCGGCUCGGCGGCCUUUUCCUUCCGGGCUGGAUACUGGGAUGGGGAAUGUGAAUUCGGGACUCGCUCACGCCGUGUUGGCCAUAACCACUGGCAGGGGCGAGUCCGAGAGGUGGGGAGACUCUGAGAGGCGGCUCGAGCCCCCCAGACCCCUGCCCUCUGCCUGCCCAGCUGCUGCCAGGUUGCCCCCAGCUUCCUUGCCAGGCAAGAACACCACAGUCGAUUGUACGUCGAAAGAGCCUGUCAUUUUCCCAAAGCAGAGCCUGCACCCCCCUCGGAAGGAGCCCCUGUGCAUCAGUAUAUCGGUCACCAAGACCGAGAAGGGCUGCAGGAAAGAGCAGCUCUCAAACUCCAGUCCCAGUGAAGAUCCCCUCCCAGGGAGGCUGUUUUUCCUCCAGGCCGAGCAGCCCCCUGCUCACGAGCCACAGCCUCCACGGGAGAGUACCCAAGAAAAGCCAGGAGAAGCAGCCCCAAAUGAGGAUGAGGAUCCUUUGGCAUCUGACAGAUCGCGCAUCCAAACCGGUGUCCCUCCAGAGCCAUCUGCCCUUUCUGGCCCUCCCCCAGAAGGGGCUUUGCAAGUACUUGAUGCUUCCUGCUUAAAAAGGCAGGUUUCGCAUGACUUUCUGGAGACCAGGUUUAAAAUCCAACAGCUUUUGGAGCCUCAGCAGUACAUGGCCUUCCUCCCUCACCACAUCAUAGUGAAGAUUUUCGCUUUGCUCCCCACCAGGAGCCUGGUCGCCCUCAAAUGCACUUGCUACUACUUCAAAUUCAUCAUCGAAUAUUACAACAUCAGGCCGGCGGAUUCCCGCUGGGUCCGCGACCCCCGCUACAGAGAAGAUCCCUGCAAGCAGUGCAAGAAGAAAUACGUCAAAGGGGACGUGUCUCUCUGCAGGUGGCAUCCCAAACCCUACUGUCAAGCUUUACCUUACGGGCCUGGCUACUGGAUGUGCUGCCACCGCUCUCAGAAGGGCAUCCCGGGCUGUAAGUUGGGGCUUCACGACAAUCACUGGGUCCCCGCCUGCCACAGCUUUAACCGUGCCAUCCAUAAGAAAACCAGAGGAGGAGGGGGACAAGAGGUGGAAGAGGAGUAUUAGUGCACACACACUUUCCCUGCGCCAUUAUUUCGGGGGUAGGAGGAGAUUCUCAUGCCUUGUGCUGUUUACAGUGUAUAUAAUUGUCGUGAUUUUGGUUGGUUUUUUUUUUUUGUUGGUUUUUUUUUGGUUUGUUGUUUUUUCUUCCCCCCACAGGGCUAUGAAACUGCACAUAUUUCAACACAAGAGCCUUUACCUUUUAGACGAAAGAUAGCUUUUAGUCCCAUCUAUGUAAAUAACACUAUAAAAAAACUAAUUUGUACAUACAAAGUCUCCAGCUGGCUGAACAAGGUAAUCACUACAAUGCAGCUAUGAUAGUGUUGCGGCUAUAGGUG